AUGGCUCCAGGAAUGUCCCUUUUCACGGUUCAGGCCAUCCUGAUCCUCGGCACCGAGGACGGUUCUCGGAUAUUCGCAAAGUACUUCCACUCGCCUCACUCAGCGCCCAAUGCUCUCGCAAGCGCCUCCGCCAACCCCUACUCCGAUGUUAAGUCGCAAAAGGCCUUUGAGAAGGGUCUUAUUGAGAAGACUGCUAAGCAGACCGGCGACAUCAUUCUCUAUGACAACCGAAUUGUGCUGUACAAGAUGGAGUCAGAUGUCAUGAUGUACGUUGUUGGCAGUGUCGAUGAGAACGAGAUUCUGCUUUACAACACCAUCCUUGCUCUGAGGGAUUCGCUUCACCUCCUCUUCAAGCAAUCCGUUGACAAGAGGACAAUUGUCGAAAACUACGACCUCGUUUCACUCGCCAUUGACGAAAUUGUCGACGAUGGAAUCAUUCUCGAGACUGAUCCCACCAUCAUUGUCCAGCGCGUCAGCCGAGCACCCACCCAGGAUCUCCCCGUCGGUCGCAUCGACCUUAGUGAACAGGGCGUCAACAACCUGGCACAGCUAGGAAAGUCGAAACUGGCGGACUGGCUCCGACAAGGUCUGUAA